GGCUGGAGCUCGGCCUCAGGUCCCUGGCCCGGGACGCAGCAGCGCGAGCCGCCCGGGCGGGGAUGCUCGGCGGCGGCGGCCCGCGGGGAGCCGGAGCGCCGCCGGGUCCGGAGGUGGCGCGCGAUCGGGGCGCGGCGAGGAGCGGAGCGGGGCUCGUUCUCCUGAGGAUGAGCCGGGAGGCGCGGCGCAGCCCCGGGGAGCCCGAGCGCCGCUGAAGGCAGAGCCGCCGGCCGCCCUCCGCUGCCAUGGCCGGCCCCGGCGCCUGGAAGCGCCUCAAAUCCCUGCUGAGGAAGGACGACGCGCCGCUGUUCCUGAAUGACACCAGCGCCUUCGACUUCUCGGACGAGGUGAGCGACGAGGGGUUCUCGCGCUUCAACAAACUCCGGGUCGUGGUGGCCGACGAUGACUCGGAAGCCCCGGAGAGGCCUGCGAACGGGGCGCACCCGGCGCUCCAGGCCGACGACGACUCCCUGUUGGACCAGGACUUACCUUUAACCAACAGUCAGCUGAGUUUGAAGAUGGACCCCUGUGACAACUGCAGCAGGCGGCGCGAGCUGCUGAGGCAGAGGAAGGUGAAGACCAGGCUGACCGUGGCUGCCGUCCUGUACUUGCUCUUCAUGAUCGGAGAGCUCGUAGGUGGAUACAUUGCAAAUAGUCUAGCAAUUAUGACAGAUGCACUUCAUAUGCUAACCGACCUCAGUGCUAUCAUACUCACUCUGCUUGCUUUGUGGCUGUCCUCAAAGUCACCAACCAGAAGAUUCACCUUUGGAUUUCAUCGCCUAGAGGUGUUGUCGGCCAUGGUCAGUGUGAUGCUGGUUUAUGUACUCAUGGGAUUCCUCUUAUAUGAAGCUGUGCAGAGAACCAUCCAUAUGAACUAUGAAAUAAAUGGCGACAUCAUGCUCAUCACUGCAGCUGUUGGAGUUGCAGUUAAUAUAAUAAUGGGGUUUCUGUUGAACCAGUCUGGUCACCACCAUUCCCACUCUCAUUCCCACUCCUUGCCUUCAAAUUCCCCAACCAUGGCAUCUAGUGGACACAGCCAUGGGCAGGACAGCUUGGCAGUGAGAGCUGCGUUUGUACAUGCCCUGGGGGAUUUGGUACAGAGUGUUGGUGUGCUUAUAGCUGCAUACAUCAUACGAUUCAAGCCAGAAUACAAGAUUGCUGAUCCCAUCUGUACAUACAUAUUUUCAUUACUUGUGGCUUUUACAACAUUUCGAAUCAUAUGGGACACAGUAGUGAUAAUACUGGAAGGUGUACCAAGCCAUUUGAAUGUAGAUUAUAUCAGAGAGUCGUUGAUGAAAAUAGAAGACGUAUAUUCUGUGGAAGAUUUGAAUGUCUGGUCUCUUACUUCCGGAAAAUCCACUGCCAUUGUUCACAUGCAGCUAAUUCCUGGAAGUUCAUCAAAAUGGGAAGAAGUACAGUCCAAAGCUAAGCAUUUGUUACUGAACACAUUUGGCAUGUAUAGAUGUACUAUUCAGCUCCAGAGUUACAGACAAGAAGUGAACAGAACUUGUGCAAAUUGUCAGAGCGCCAGUACUUGAUUCUGUGUACUUGGGGUCCACAGCCUUAUUUAUCCUGCAGUCACAGGCUUGAGAGCAAUAAAUGCAAACAUGCAGAGUUCCUGACAGCUGUGUCCAUGUCAAGCACCAAUCUCUCAAAAAACAGUCACUCCAGUCUGACUGAUAUCUGCAUGAUUUUCAGACAGAGUUCCAAAGUACUGUUUACAGAGUGAGCUGUAACUCUACAGAUACCUCAUAGAAGACAAUCCAAGACGAUACUUCAUCCAUUUGACAGAGUACACAAAAUGUACAGGAAGACUCAGAAUUCAGUAUUUGCAUCUAAAACUACUUUUUUUCAGGCCUUUUAUAAAGACGUCAGUGCUAGCAAACUCAGUGUUGAAUUGUUCAGGAUUUUUGUCUCUGUGUAAUCUUGACAUCCAGUUUCUGGAAUUGUGUUCUCUUUUUAUAAAAAAUUAGCCCUCAACAGAAUUCAGAAAGUAAUAAUAUCCAGAAAACGGAAUAAGCAUGUAUUCCUAAGUGUUUCCGAACUGUUUUAUUUCACAAAUAACUCUUAAUGUUAUUAUUGAAGUCAUACUUUAUAAGCAGAUUUUCCAGAUAUUACUAGGCUUUGAACCUCAAUGUUUUUGAUUAUUUGUAAUAUUGUUAGAAAUAUUCACAUAAUGUCACUGUCCUUAAGUUAUUUAGGAAAUUUUAAUACAAUUAAGAAUGAGUUAGAUUUAACCUCAAAUUACUUUACCAUAUGAUCUAAAACAGAGAAGCAAAUGGUAGAGUAUGGAGUUUUGGAUUUCUGUUUUCCCUGAAGAUCACUCCUGUGUUUUGUGUAGAAUUGUCUUAAAAACAGUAAGAGACAACAAAGUUUCAAUGGUUACCCAUUGUCCUUUUCAGAACUGCCAACGUUUGCUAGUAACUGUUUGCUUACUAUGUUGUUCUCAUGUGUACACCAGGCAGUCUACAUGCGUCUUUCAGAGCAGCUAUGGAAGGCUAAGGCCGAGUUUAUUACUGCCUACCGCGUGGAGUACCCUUGUUACUCCAGAGAGAAUUUCUUUUCUAUGGAAUAAGCGAGGGGUUCUCCAUGGAUUACAAAAACCCCCAGGACAGUCUUCAAGUUUUACCGUAGUGCCAGAGCAGAAAGAUGCAGAGGAGUUGGGUGGAGAAAGUUCUCUGGGGAAACAAAAAGUAAAGCAUUUUUGGUUGUUGUUUUUACCAUGUGUGCACAAAAGAACUGAAAUGAGGAUGGACAUUAUUUGGUCGUUAAAGCUGUGUCUGGGGAAGCAGUGUAAGUAUUUCCCAUCUCAAGGGAACAGAGUUGGCAGCAGUUGUGUUAGAGACAGCCAUGAGUAUCCAUAUUUCAUUCCCAGCAGUUGCUUUGAUUUCAAUGUAAACACUUUAAGUGGUUCCUGGCUCCCCUGAGAAUCCAAGUAGAGUAACAAUGUCCCAAACAAGUUGUGAAUUGAAAUCCUAGGAAUCCAAAUGAUGUGUAAAUGAAGAGAGGGAAGUGGAUUUUAUCUUCUUAUUGCAGACUUUCCCUGUGUGUAAAACUGAAAGAAGAAAAUCUGGAUUUACCCAAAAGAUUGUUGGGAAUUGAUAGGAUCAAAAACCAGCUAAUGUUACCUAAUAAAACUAAGUGGAUGUUUGUUGAAUUCAAAAUUUACUUUGAAAAAAAGUUUACUUCCUCAAAUUUUUAUUGUGAGGCCAUUUAAAAUUGUAAGUAUUUGAAUUUCAAAAUUUUUUAGAAUAUCAACUAAAAAAAAUUAAAAAUAAACAAGAAUAAGCAUAUGAGUAAAUGACUGGCAUUUAGGUGGCUGCCUGAGCAUCUGUGGCCUUAAGUAUCUAGGAAAGAAAGAGAAAAUGUGUAUUUUAUAUUUAAUAUUUCCCAUGUCAUUUGCACUCAUUUCUUGUAAACAUCCAUUUACCAUAAUGUGUGCAUAUCUGGAUUUUCAUACUGACUUGUUUCUUAAGUUAUUUGGUAAAACAGCCUAAAAAUCAAUUUGAAUAUAGAAAAACGUUUUCAUAAAAUACAGAAACACUGAAAAAACUUCUGUUAAUCUUAGCUAUCAUAUUCUGCUCCAAGUGGGCAUACUUGAAGGCUGUGCUUUAGUUUUGUAGCAAGAGCUAGGCUUUAUACUUUACUGGGUUCACAAGAUAGAGAACUGGUAGACUUUACUUUUUAACUUGUCAAAACCCAUAGAUGAGGUCAUUAACACAACUGUGAGGUCUGACCUGUCUUUUACCUGUUGAACCACAAUGCACAGUGGUGCGACUUAGCUAGCUGGGAGCUCUUUGCUCUGAGAAAAGCAGGAUGCCGUGCUGAUCUUGCACUGAGACACACCACAACACGAAAGGUUGGCAAUUCUCCAACUUUGGAAUAGCCUAAGGGAGUAUUUGCAGAUAAUCAGUUACUGUGGACAUUAACCUGUGUGUCACAACUCAAGCCCUUUGCAGUCUUUUGUUUUAGGAAGACUGUCUGAGUGACAGUCUUGCUGCCUUAAGAAACAUACCGAGAAUGCAGUUGCAAAAGAUGUAAUUGAUAGACAGAACCUGAAGCUAUUGUAAUUCUUAUGUACAGCUAUGUUAACUUUCCACAGCUAUAGCUCUUAAUGUGAACACAGAUUUUCACAUUCACAGCUCGUCUCAGCAUUGUUUACCAGGUCCCUGGAUUUCUUGGUUGACUGUUUCUUUUCAUUUUGGGGUAGGGUUUUUCUUUCCUGUCUGACAUGUUUCCCGAUUAUAUGAUGCUCAGUAUUCUGUCUUAAGCCCAGGUGGUGUCUGUGUUUGUCUUCAGGAAAUCCUUUCCCAGAGUGGACACAGUGAAGAACAGAUAGAUAGAAGAGCUUCUCUCUCAUUUUGAAGAAAGAAUUGUCAGCCAAUAGUUAGAAAUACGUUUCCAGGUGAGAACAGCUUUUAAACAGUAGAUCAUCUCCUGUCCAGGAUGUCUGCAUGUGAGCUUAGGAAAGAGUGUGGGAUAGAAAUAGACUGAGCAGCCACUGUGAAAAAUUUUGAGUUUCUCAAAAUGCAGGUCAGCACUCUUGGAGAUUUUGGUCCUGAAGCAUACAUCAGCUACACCUGGCUUUAUGUAUUUAUGAUCAUUGUCUCAUCGUCAUAUGUUCUUAUAGAAUCUGAAUCCUUUUGAAGUACAGUUCUAGGCAGAAUGUGCCUCCAGAAUGUGCCCCUAUAUACAAUACCAUUUGAUUCAGUUCAUCUUUGAACCAUGCUUAGUUAUAAAUGAACAGUGACAUCUCACUACUGUGUUGAGGGGAAACAAGUCUGAUCUCUAGGUAAUUGGCUUAAUAUCUCUGUAGCCAGAAGACCAUUUGCAAACUCUAACUCCAACUCCAACUCCGUCAAUUGGAUCCUAUGGGCCAAGGCUUCAGAUUUGAUUUUGCAGUUAGAUAUAUUUGUGAUAUCAGUGGGAGCAUGCAAACUGGAGAAAAGAAAUUGUGGGAAUUCCUCAGUAUUAUGUGUCUCAAUUUAGGCAAGCCAAUUCUUGGUUACAAAAGCUUUGUUGGUGACCAGCAGUCAUUUUCUGAUUUUUUUUUUAUUAAGAUUGGUAAAUAUUUAUGGAGACUUUGCCAGCUAAAUGCAUGACAGUGUCAAUUUAAAUAGUGCAAUCAAGAAUAUCCUGAAAUAAAUGCAACCCAAAGUUGAAAUGUGCCAGGAUGCCCCUUUUCUACCCAGAAGAUACCUUGUAUUUGGAAAGUGUCUGCCUCUCUAAAUAAAUAUUGAUUAAAUAAGCCAUAUCACAGUUUAAGAAAUUGUAUAUACUUUCCUGUAUGCCCCUCCAAAAACCAAGUAUUUUGCAUAUGAUUGAUUUUAGAAAGAUUUUGAAGCUGGGGUUUAUCUGUGUAAUGAAGAUCAGAUUCUUUGUAUAUGUACUGUAUUCGCAAUUUUCAAAUGAGAUUUCCUAUAUGAUUAUUAAAUAAAGUGUUGUUUUGCCUCGUGGUUUAUUAACUUAAAA